AUGAUUAUGAAACCGGGAUCAAAUGAAUAUGUCAUGCAAGGGAUUAAAAAGAAAUGCAAACAGCUUAAAGCAGAAGAUAAAAAUGUGAUGUUUGUCAUGGAUGAAACCAAACUUAAGCAAAGAUUACUUUUCACUUCCGGUUCAAAGUAUGUAACUGGAUUUGCGAGUGAUUCUUGUGGCAGUAGAACAUCAGAGAUUGCGGGUUCCGUGUUGGUUGGAAUGAUAAUAGUAGCGAUUAAUUCAUCAUUUAAACAGCCUGUUAGCUAUCAUUUCUCGAAAGCUGGAUUCAAUGCAGAUGGUUUAAAAAAAAUAGUACAAGAAACGAUUAAAGACUUGGUAGACGCUGGACUUUCUGUUGUAGGUGUUGUAACAGAUCAGGGCAAAGCUAAUAAAACAGCUUUGGACUCUUUACGGAACGAAACCGAAGGUGGAAAAGAGGGUGUAUUUUUUAAAAUUGCUGGCUAUGACAAAAAAAUAUAUAUCUUAUCGGAUAUUACUCAUCUGAUAAAAACAUCUAGAAACUGCUUCAUGGGUGAUUGGUCUGAUUGGUUCCGGAAAGUUUCAGAAGUAGAUAAAAAUAAUUGGAACUAUGAAGGUAACACAAUUGAAAUCAACGGGAAGACUGCAUAUUGGCGUGAUGUCAUUGACCUAUUCUCUUAUUGUUUAAAUAAGAACGAACCUACGAAUGUGACUGAGGAACACAUUUUUCCAUCGUCUAGCAACAAAAUGAAAGUUUGUUUUGCUAGUCAGGUUUUUAGCUCGACUGUAGCGGAUGCUUUAACAACAUUGGCUAACAAGCAUCCUCAUAAAUAUCCGACGGCCGCAGAUACCGCUGAAGUUUUAAGAUUAUUUGACGAUGCGUUCGAUCAUAUGAAUAGCAGCAACUUGAAAAAAAAGACAAAAAGCUCAACAGUAGCAGACGCAAUGUUUCACAAACAUCUGGCCAUAUAA